AUGUUAGAAAAGGAGGGAGAAACAAAUGACAAAAGGGAUACUGCCGGAGGAAAAGCCGGGGAAAAUCCAUCAAAAUUUGUAGAGCUUAGACACAGCGACUACACAGUGGGAUGGGUUUGCGCACUACCAAAAGAGCAGACCGCUGCUACCGCCAUGUUGGACGAAAUAAAUUCAGAUCUACCCAAGCCGCCAGAAGAUGACAAUAUAUACACUCUAGGAGUGGUGAAUAAACACAAAGUUGUUAUAGCAUGUUUGCCGAAGGGAACAUACGGUACCAAUGCCGCUGCUCGUGUCGCUACAGCAAUGGUUCGAACUUUUCCAUCCAUCAAGUUUGGCCUUAUGGUCGGCAUUGGAGGUGGUAAUCCAGUUAACGACGUUAGACUCGGCGAUGUUGUGGUAAGCACCCCGACUGGCGAGUAUCCCGGAGUGAUUCAAUGGGAUUUUGGGAAGGUGGAAGAAGGUGGAGGUUUCAAAAGAAUUGGUUCCCUAAACAAUCCCCCCUCUGCUCUACGAGCAGCAUUGGGAAAACUAGAAAGUUCUCAUGAGAUGAAUGGAACUAAAAUUCCGGAAUAUUUGUAUGAUUUGACACAAAAGUGGCCGAGACUGGUUUCCAAAUAUAUCAAGUCUGAUUCCCAUGUAGAUCCAUUGCUUCUACCGCUCAAUGACAAGAAACCCGAGUCGAGCGGCAAUAGUAUAUGGCUUGUUAUAUUCUUAUUGUUACACAAGGUGGUAGUAAAUUUGUUCUAUUGGCUAUCGGGGCGGGGCGUCGUUGGUGCUCUGGAGGAAGGUGCAACUGCGAAAGGUGUUCACGGGGACCACAGUCAAUUGAAAGUCCGGGAAAUGCGCGUCCAUUACGGCCUCAUCGCAUCCGGAAACUCACUUAUCAAGUCUGCAGAACACCGGGACAUGCUCAAUGAGCAAUUUGGCGGUAAACUAUUGUGUGUCGAGAUGGAAGCUGCGGGAUUGAUGAAUGAUUUCCCAUGCCUUGUUAUUCGGGGUAUCUGCGACUAUGCGGACUCUUCGAAAAAUGAUGUCUGGCAAGAGCAUGCGGCUGCUGUUGCCGCGGCAUUUGCGAAAGAACUUUUAUCUGUGGUACCGGUGUUGGAGGUUGAAGCCAUGCCCACACUCGGAAAAAUUGGGCGUCAACUUGAAGAAAUUUCAAAGUGUGUCAACGGCAUUCGUUCCGCUCAACUCUGUCAAGAGGACCAGAAGAUCCUCAAUUGGCUAACCCCCAAUGAUUAUUCACUUCAACAAAACGAUAUUUGUCGAAAUAAGCGAGCAGGAACUGGUCAAUGGCUUCUGAGUUCAGCCGAGUACCGAUACUGGCUGGCAACUGAGAAGCAAACAUUAUUCUGCCCGGGGAUUCCUGGAGCGGGAAAGACGGUUUUAACCUCAACUAUAAUCGGUGAUCUUUACAGUCGCUUUCGCGAGAAAUCUGAUGUAGGGAUCGCUUAUAUCUAUUGCAGCUUUAGUCGGGCGGGUACAAAAGAGCAAAGGGUUGACCAGCUACUAUCAAGUAUCAUAAAGCAACUUUCACAAAACUGGGGAGCUUUACCCGAAGUUAUAAAGAAGCUCCGCAAAACUCAUGAAAAGGAAAGGAGCGAACCAUCGUUAGCAGAACUAUCCGACACCCUUCAAUCGGUGGUGGCUCUUUACGCGAGAGUAUUUAUUGCCAUUGAUGCGCUUGAUGAAUGCGGAGGCAUGAGCUGGGCGAGGCUAUUAGAAGAGAUGUUUAGCCUCCAAACCAAAUAUGGUACAAACCUCGUCAUGACAUCAAGAUUUAUCCCUGAGAUUAUAAAAAAGUUUGAAACUUUCCCGUCUCUAGAAAUCCGAGCCAGCAAUGACGAUAUUGAGAACUAUCUCGGCGGCUGCUUCGAUGGCUCACAAAUGGAGCUUGAGUUCUCAUCGGUUAUCCUGAGUAAUCAAAACCUCAGAGAGGAUAUCAAGAGAGUCAUAACUGACUUUGCGGAUGGCAUGUUCUUAUUAGCGCAGCUCUAUGUUAGAACCUUUGAGGGGAAGGUGACCAUCAAAGAUGUCAGGAUCGCUCUCGAAGAAAUACGAGAGCGCCAACAAGUAUCUGCCAAGGCCGGCAAGCUUAAAUUACUCGAAGAAGCAUACGACAAAACGAUGGAGAGAAUUGAAAAAAAGACUGAAUUUUCCCGGCUUGCUAAAAACGCGCUGCAGUGGAUCGUCUACUCUCGAAGGCCGUUGACAGUUUUGGAGCUUCGGCACGCAUUAGGGAUAGAAGUUGGUAAAGAUGAGAUGGACUAUGAAAACAUACCCAACAUCGAAGACGUGGUAUCUGUUUGCGCCGGGCUUGUUGUAGUCGACAAGGAGAGGGAUAUUGUUAGGCUAGUCCAUUACACAACUCAGGAGUACUUUAAGCAGUCGAAAAGCCACGGGUUCCCGGACGCGGAGACCUACAUCGCGAGGAUCUGCAUUGACUAUCUCUCAUACAGAUCAUUUGGGGGUGGCUGGUGUCGAGAAAUAGGUACACUUCGCAAGCGCAAUCCUCUUUACGACUAUACCGCCCGAAACUGGGGGUAUCAUAUGCAGAAGUCUUCAGGAUUGGACUCAAGAGUGAUCGAAUUUCUCGAGGACGAAGCUAAAGUCCAGUUAUCGGCUCCAGCAAUGAUGCCCGCAGCCACGGAUUGGGCUAGGCAUAUGGAGUACACUGCAUUCUACGAACCUGGGGCGUCCCUUAAAGCCUUGAAAGGACUACUUUUAGCAGUAUUUUUUGGACUAGAAAAUGUGACAAGUGAGAUGAUAUUGAGAGCGCGUAACCUGAAUUUGGCUGACGGACUUCAACGAACACUAUUGUCAUGGGCCGCAGGGAACGGGCAAACGGCGACAGGGGAGCUGCUUGUCAAAAGCGGCGCAGAGGUUGAUUUUCCGGAUAUCGAUGGUCGAACACCACUUUUCUGGGCUGCUGCUGGUGGGCACUUGUCGACGAUAGAGCUGCUGAUUAGAAACGGAGCUAAUGUUAAUGCUACGGAUAUAUUUGGGGUUACGGCUCUCCAUAUCGCGGCCCGGAGAAGCUACCUGAGAGCCAUAUCAUUUCUGAUAGACAACGGAGCGGAUGGUGAUAUGAGGGAUAUAUGUGGUGGCACACCGUUGGCUUGGGCGAUAGGUAAUGAGAAUAAUGCAGCUGCUCGACUUCUACUUGAAACUUGCACUAACUUGGACUGCAUUUACAUACCCUUUGGACCUCGGCGAGCUCUAGCACGUUUGGGGGAAAAGUUUUGUGGGUCUGGCAUUUGCCAAAAGCCGGAGUCCUUGAGCCCCUCCAUAGCUAAAAUGUUUUUAGCUGAAUUUGAUUCUACAACUCGACGUCAGAAGCUGUUUUAUUACGACAUGCCCUGUUCUGAAUACGAUGACUUUAGCCCUCUAGAUCUUAAAAUUUAUGAUCCAGAUGGUGGUCCUGUCGAGUGCCUACUCAGACGAGCUGUGGUAAAUGGUGAUGAAACCCUCGUCAGAAUUCUGAUGGCAAAGGGCACGUGGGCCAAAAUAGACUUCAAAGAUAAGUUCGGCCGGUCACCUCUAUCUAUAGCAGCCGAGGUCGGAAGUCAGGUCAUUGUUGAACUAUUACUUAAAAUGGGCAGCAACACUGAGUCAAAAGAUAACAAAGGGCUCACACCGCUCUGUUGGGCAGCGAAAAGAGGUUGUUGCAAAAUCGUAAGGGUUUUGCUUACACAGCCUGGCAUUGAACCUGACGUAGUGGUUAGAGGGAAUGGGGGUCGACGUCAGGGCCCUUUCAGAAUUCCGCUUCGGGAGGUCGGGGAAGGCGACGACAGAGGUCGAACCCCAUUGUCAUACGCUGCGGAGGGUGGAUACGCAGAUGUGGUGAAGUUACUGCUAGAAACGGGAAGAGUCGAACCCGACCCCGUGCUCCCCCGCGCGGGUCGAACUCCACUGUCUUAUGCGGCGGCGGGUGGGCAUUUAGCUGUGGUUCAGUUGCUGCUAGACACAGGGAGAGUGGACCCGGAUUCUAUGUACAUGGCUUCUGGUGCAAGUCGAGUACGAACCCCAUUGCCAUAUGGCUCGGAAGACUUGUAUAGCCCAAUUCCUUCUAUCACAGAUCGAACUCCACUAUCAUAUGCUGCAGAGAAUGGGCACAUUGACGUUGUCAAAUUUCUGCUAGAUAGAGAGGAAGUAGAUUCAGAUUCCGUGGCUUUCAGCACUGGUCAAACUCCGCUGUCAUAUGCCGCAAAUAAUGGACAUCAGCGCGUGGUAGAGUUGCUGCUAGCGACAGGGAGAGUAAACCCUGACUCUAGAGCUACUUAUUCUCACCUCGCAGGAAGGACGCCACUAUCGUUUGCUUCGGAGAAAGGCUAUGAAGCCGUAGUAAAGUGUUUGCUCUCUAGAAAUGCUGACCCAUACUCACGAAGUAAGCCCCAUAUACUACACAUACUAGGCCAGAAUCCUGAGGUGGUUCACGGUGGUCGGACACCGAUCUCUUACGCUAGUACUCGUGAGAAUAAAAUCAUCCUAAAGUUGUUGCUUGAAAUGGACAAGGUAGAAACCAGUUUAGAGGUAGGUAGUGGACGGGGAUCGCUGUAUUAUGUCGAUGAGCAGAGGGCCACAACUAUCGUUAGUAAAGAAUUCUCUGAUAAUGAGGGGGGUCCUACGACUGGAAACUUUUGGGAAGAUGAGGAAUACUUUAUACUUGAGCAGUAUGUCAAACUCGACCGUGAGUUGAAGGUUUUCGACCUGGAUUAUGGGGGGCCAGAAGUGAGACAAAUACUUGAGAGGUUGGUCGAUACCAAUUUAGGGGACGGCAUAAAGCAAGUAUUAUUUUACUGUGCCUGUCGGCGGGGGCACGAGGGCAUUGUGGAAAAACUCCUUAAUGCUGGACUUGGAACAAAUUUCGAAAUAAGGUCGGAUCAAGGCUGGCCAUAUACGGGCCUAUUCUCAGAAUCAAAAUCCUCUAUUUGGCGGACAUCCCUGUCAUAUGCCGCUGAGAGAGGUUACGAACAUAUCGUAGGGCGUCUGCUCAAGGCGGGAGCCGAAGCAAACCUGGAAGAUAACUAUGGGUUGACACCACUGUCAUACGCUGUUAAGGGAGGCUACGAGGCAGUUGUGAGGCUCCUACUCGACAUCCAUAAACCUUCUGGUAAUUCAUACGAUCUAAAAAGCGGGACGCCCUUAACAUACGCCGCGAAAAAAGGAAACGUUGCUAUCAUGAAACUUCUACUGGAGACAGGAUUUGAUCCAAACUCUGGUGACCCGGAAUUCGAUGAUAAAACGCCGCUGGCUUCUGCCGUAAAGAAUGGGCACGGCGAAAUGGUUCAACUACUUCUUGGGGAUAGUAGGGUCAACCGCAACAAAGUUAGCGGGCCUGAAAAACGGACUCCGCUAUCGUAUGCUGCAGAGAAAGGCUAUACGAAGAUCGUCGAAAUGCUGCUGGAUAGUGAUACAAUCGACCUGGAGUCUAGGAGCAAAUUUCAAGGAUGGACAGCGUUAUUUUGGGCUGCGCAUAACGGACACGAGAAGAUAGUUGAGAUGUUGCUAGGAAGUGGCGCUGACUAUAGCGCCGUAUCGGUCUGGAGUACCAUAUCUACUCGCGAAGCUACCGCACUGUCGAUUGCCGCAGGUCAGGAUUUCGAGAAUCAACACAAUAUAGUUAAGUUGCUGCUAGACAGCAGCGCCGAUCCAAAUUCCGUUUCCAGCAGCGGAACAGUACUAGCGUUAGCGGCGUCGCAGGGAACCGAGCCAACGGUCAAUCUGUUAUUAGACAGAGGUGCCGACCCAAAUUAUGUCUGUGAUUGCGGAGAAACGGCACUAGUGUCGGCAGUGUCGAGGUUAAAGGGCGCCGAGACAUUCGUUAGGCUAUUAUUAGACCGGGGCGCCGACCCAGAUUAUGUCUUGAAGGAUGGGAGAACAGCACUAGUAUCGGCUGUGUCAAUUUUACACGUAGCCGAGCCGGUGAUUAAACUGUUGUUAGACAGAGGUGCUGACCCAAAUUUUGUAUCAAGAGAUGGAACUACAGCACUCGAAUUAGCGGUAACAACUAGAGCUGAAUCAGUGGUUAAGCUCUUGCUAGACGGAGGCGCCAAUCCAAAUUCCGUCUCAAGUGAUGGAAGUACAAUACUGGCUUUGGCGGGAUCAAGAGGAUUCGAUUCCAUUGUUGGGCUACUACUAGAUAGAAAUGCGGACCCCAAAGCUAAAUCGAGGGAUGAAAGUACAGCACUGUCACAAGCUAUACAACGUAGGCACAAGUCAACGGCCAACCUGCUCCGAACAGCGAUGCAGUUGGACAUAGAAAGUGAGGAUAGCGACACGAAAAGUGACAUGGAAAGUGACAUGCAUGGAGAAUGUUCUGUAAACUGA